AUGGCUGAAAAAGAAGAAAAUAAGGAUGCAACUGUCAAACCUAAGGAACAAGAUGUUGAUAAUAACAUGAAGGAUGAAAUCAAUAAGGAAAACUCUACAGGCAUGGUGAACAUUGAAAAUCUGACAAGGGAUGCUUUAAAGGCAAAACAAAGAACUCUUAAAAAAAUGGGAAAGGGAAACAUACCAAAUGCCACAGAUCCAAUAAGUGACGAAGAAAUCGAUAUACUCUAUGACCGUGGAAUCCUGGUCGGUACAUCGCCAAAGGCUUUAUUAAACACAUUGUGGUUCAACAAUUGUGUUUCCCUUGGAUUACGAGGAACUACGGAGAAUUAUAAUUUGAGAUGGGAUGAUGUUACUCUUCAGAAAGAUUCAAAUGGGGUUGAAUACCUUCAACUUAAUGAAAGACAGACAAAAACUCGCACAGGCGAUAUUGUGUCCGAUAUCCGGAAAGGACAUAAUGUGGCCAUAUUCGGGCAAGCUGGUACUGGCAAAACGUUCACCAUUAAGACAAUAGUGGAGAAAUUAAAAAAUGAAGAAAAGAACGUGUCAUUAACAUGCUACACAGGGAUCGCCUGUCUAAAUUAUAUAGGAUUAACACCAAUGACUCUUCACAAAUUUGCUGGAUUAGAAGAUGGGCGGCACUCAAAAGAAAAGCUUGUUCACCUGUUAACAACAGACGAACAUUUUGAGAAAACGUUGAUGGGCAUCCAGAGAACAGACAUACUAAUAAUUGAUGAGGUGUCAAAACGUAUAUUUGAAACAGUAAAGUAUGUCUGCAGAAAACUAAAAGACCCAAGUAAACUGUUUGGGGGCAUGCAGGUAGUGUUGUGUGGAGAUUUUUUUCAGCUCCCUCCUAUUAAAGAUGAGUUAUAUGGAGAUAAUGGGGACUACUGUUUUCAUGUGGAUUUCUUCUCAAAAUGUUUCCCACAUAUCGUUGUUUUGUCACAAAUUCAUAGACAAAAAGAGCCGAUGCUAAUAAAAGCUGUAAAUGAACUUGCACAUGGCGCGCCAAGCCCGGAAGCAAAUGCAUUCAUUGAAUCUCUAGCUCGGCUUUUAAGUGUUGAUGACCAAACAGACAUUACGAGACUGCAUGCCAGAAACUUCGAUGCUGAUAUCAGUAACUAUCGGUAUUUGGAGUCCAUUCCAGGUCCUUUGUACACAUUUGAGGCAGAGGAGAGUGGAGAUGCCUAUUAUUUGAAGAGAUUCAUUGUACCCAAGACUUUUGGAAUUAAGGUUGGAGCGAAAGUGAUGCUUUUGAGAAAUGUAAAUGAGACUUAUGUCAAUGGUAGUAAAGGAACAGUGGUUCAAGUGUCCAGUGACAAAAUAAAAGUAGACUUUGAAGGGCUAGUUUUAACUAUUGAAAAGUACACUUUUUCAAAGUUUGACCCUGUGACAGGCAUAGCGUUAUCUCGGAGACACCAGUUUCCAUUGAAGGUUGCAUAUGCAAUAACCAUUCACAAAUCUCAGGGUAUGACAUUACCAUUUGUUGAGGUAAAUUGUAAAUUUGCCACAAAUCCCGGUCAAAUAGGAGUGGCAGUCGGUCGUGCAGUUUCAACAGAUGGACUCCGUGUGAUAAAAGCGAGGCUGGCCGAGGUAAAAUACGGUAUGUUGUUGGAUACUGUGUAG